AUGAACAGACUAGCGCGACACACGCUCUUCAAUCGCCAAGCAUACACCCUUAGACCAUUCAUAAAUCCACGCUUCACUCGCCCAAACACUCAACAAGCUUCGUCGUCUGCGCAACAAGCUCGAGGAUGGCGAAAAUACGUUGAUGCGUUUCGAGAUAAACCUGCCUCCCAUGUAAUAGCAUUCGCGAUCUUGCACGAAGUAACAGCACUCCUGCCACUCCCACUGGUAUACUACACGCUCUCAUACACAGACAUUCAUAUCCCGAUUCCAGAUUACUUGAUUGUGGAAGCAAACAAACGUGCGUCGUAUUUGCUAAAGAUGUUUGGAAUGGGUGCUGUGAAGGAUGAUUCAAAGGCAUUGCUGGAUAUGGCUACUAGCUAUGCGCUUGUUAAGGCUGCAAUGCCGUUGAGAUUGGGUGCUUCGUUCUUGUUGACGCCGUGGUUUGCCAGAACGUUGAUUGCACCUAUAACGAAACGCUUGGGAAUCAAAGUCUGA